GCUCAAACGGUGAAGAUGGAUUCACUAUUUGAAGAAGAACUUAAUUGUCCAGUGUGUUAUGAAAUCUUCAAGGAUCCUGUUGUUUUAUCAUGUAGUCACAGUUUUUGUAAAGGGUGUCUUGAGCAGUUCUGGAGAACCAAGGAAAUUCAGGAGUGUCCUAUCUGCAUGAGAAGAUCCUCCAAAGAUGAUCCUCCAACGAAUCUUGUGUUAAAAAACUUGUGUGAGUCGUUCCUGAAGGAGAGGAAUGAGAGCCCUUCAUCAACGUCUGAGGAGAUCUGCAGUUUACACAGUGAGAAACUCAAACUCUUCUGUCUGGACGACGAACAGCCUGUGUGUUUAGUGUGCAGAGAUUCACAAACACACGACAAUCACAAAUUCAGACCCAUCACUGAAGUGGUUCCAUCAUAUAAGGAGAAGCUAGAUACAGCACUAAAAUCCUUACACGCGGAACUUAAACACAAAGAAAAUAUUAAAGGGGAAUUUGAGAAAACAGUUCAACACAUCAAGUUUCAAGCUGAGCACACAGAGCAUCAGAUUAAACAGCAGUUUGAGAAGCUUCAUCAGUUUCUCAGAGAUGAAGAAGAAGCUACAAUCACUGCACUGAGGAAAGAAGAGGAGCAAAAGAAGCUGAUGAUGCAGGAGAAAAUGGAGGAGAUCAACAGACACAUCUCAGCUCUUUCACACAAAAUCAAAGAAACAGAGGAGAUAAUGAAAGACAAUGAUGUCUGCUUUCUAAAGAAGUUUCCAGUCACAAUGGAAAGAGUUCAGAUCUCACAGCCGGAUCCACAGACGCCUUCUGGAGCUUCAAUUCAUGUGCCACGUUACUUGGGCAACCUGCCGUUCAGAGUCUGGACACAUUUGUUGGACAGGCUCCAAUACACUCCUGUGAUUCUGGAUCCAAACACGGCUCAUCCAGGGCUCGUCCUGUCUGAUGAUCUGACCAGUGUGAGAGACCGCUGGAACAAACAACCACUUCCUGAUAAUCCGGAGAGAUUUGAUCAGUGUUUCUGUGUUCUGGGUUCAGAGGGAUAUAACUCAGGAAUACACUGCUGGGAUGUGGAGGUUAAAGGGAAUUCAUACUGGAUUCUUGGAGUAACUACAGCAUCGAACCAAAGGAAGGGACUCAAGUUCUUUGACACCGGAAUCUGGAGUGUGCAGUAUGGACUGUUCAAACGGUCUGGUUUUCCUGUUAAACAGGAGCUUGAGUGUGUGAGAGUUGAUCUGGACUAUGACAUGGGUAUGGUGUCAUUCUUUGAUCUUGUAACUAAAACACAUCUACACACAUUCAAAACUACAUUCACUGACACUGUCUUUCCUUUCUUUGAAGCCGCUUCCUCUUUGAAGAUUUUGCCACACAAAAUGUAUUAAAUGUUACACCUGGAUCUUUUCCAGUCGUCAUGUUUCCAAUAUUUUAUAUUUGAUCUGAAUAGAGCAUUUGCACUUACAUCACGAUUUGGUCAGUUACUCAGAUGUGCAGCAAUACUCAGAUGUAAACAAGAUAUUGCUGUAUUGCACUCUUAAUGUACUACUGAAUAUGUUGUUCUGCUAAUGUAUGCUGUCUAAACCACAGAAAUAAAAAACAUAUGGAAGCUUCUAAAUCAUAGAGAAAGCAGAAAAGCU